CUAAUAUCUUUCUGCAACCGGAAGGGUUUGUAUGUCGGCUAAGUGACGACGUUGGACUAUGUAAUGCCGUUGAAAUGGCUAGUAAUGCAUUGUGUUGUUUUGCAAAGAAAUUGAAUUUUCUAACUGUCGGGCUUCAUGCAGAAAGGUGUGUGUGUAGUGUCUUGUCAGUUUCUCAAACACGUGGAUAUGCGAAAAAAGUUGCUGCCAAAGGAAAGGGGAAAGGGAUGGUUAAAGAAGUCCUGAAGGGUCCAGAGGUGUGCAAAGACCCAAUUAAAUUGACCACACAUGCAGUGGGAGUGAAUGUCUUUAAACAGGGCGAAGAUCCUCCAUUGAAGGCACGUGAAGAGUACCCAGAAUGGUUGUUCCAGCUCAACCUGGGCCCCCCGAAAAAGCUCCCAGAACUGGAUCCAGACAGUCGUCAAUACUGGAAGAUAUUGAGAAAAGAACACAUGUGGCGCUUCAACAGAUUACACAAAGGCAAAAAACUGUAGAUUGUGGUCUUUUUGGCUAGAAAUCAAAGAACUGAUUUUGUUCUCCUUUUGAUAUCAUCAAGUAUGCUACUUCCAGAUCUAAGGAUCCACCCACACAAACUGCUUACUGUUGCGUUGUACUUUCACAGGAUCCAACAGUAAUUUAGCAAUUUGUUGUUUAGCACACCUCUAAAUCUACUUCUUUAUGCAUUAAAUUUUCUGGAUAUUGCACAGAUCAACAGUACCAAUAUUUUUAUUCAGCAUGUCUAGGCUAGGUCUGAGAAGAAUGUACAGGAUUUUUUUUUCAGAAAUCUUUGCAGGGGUAUUUUUAAUUUUACUUGUUCUGUGUGGUAACUUGCAUAGAAAUACAAAAGGAGAUGUAUAUAUCUUGUGUGUUACUAAUAUAUGAGUAUGUAAAGCAUUUUCUGUUUUUCAUUCAAAAUAAGAAAUAAAUGUGUUGUACACUAA